AUGGAUUAGGGAUUUUAUGUCAAGGCAGUUCAACCAAUAGCCAAUAAUACAUUGAUAUGUGAAUAUGCAGGAGAAGUGUUUCGAUUUGCAGAUCAAGUGUACAGCACAUCUGAUUCAAUGAUGAGUUUGCUUGAAACUAAUUUUGCAGCCACUUCUUUAGUGAUCAUACCACAAAAAUAUGGCAAUCUUGCCAAAUAUUUAUCGGGAAUUAAUAAUACAAAAAAAAAUAGUAAGAAAUAAUAAUAAAAUGUGAAAUCCUAAAGAUUUAAUGUGGAGGGCGAAUCAAGAGUGAUCUUGUAUGCUUGUCGAGAUAUCAGGACAGGGGAAGUGCUCUAUUAUGAUUAUAAUGAAGGUGGAUUCAAUUAUAAUACAAGAUUCUUUGUUUGA